UAUCCAAUUCUUCAGAGAAGCUUUGAAUUCCCCACCAGAUUGCCAUGAACAGUGCAAAAGACCAGAUCGGUUACUUGUUGUGCGCAAGAAGGAAUUCUCUCUGCAGACCACAGCUCCCAAGUUUCAUUCUUCCUCCUUCCUCCAACGUAUCAUGGGAAGAACAAGCCUUCGCAAGAGACUCUUCUGGUGAAUUGGGAGGCUGUGUUUGGCCACCCAGAUCCUACACUUGUAGCUUCUGUCGGCGAGAAUUCCGAUCAGCUCAAGCCCUUGGUGGCCACAUGAACGUGCACAGAAGAGACAGGGCAAGGUUAAAGGAAGCUUCAACCCAUAGCUGUGAAACAGACGAAGAUGUUUUAAAUAUUUAUCCAUUUAGUUCUGAUGCUCCUGGGCUUAAAGUUUCAGUAAGAUUGGAGAUUGGAAGAGAGAAUUGGAAAGCUGACGAGUUGGGUCAAGGAAGGGUUAGAGAUUUUUGUGAUGGUGAUGAGGAGAUCUCGAUUAAGAAAGUGAAGACCGAUAAUCUGCGAAUGUUCAAAUCUGAGGUAAAUAAACUUGGACAUGGUCCAGUUGAGUUGGAUCUGGAGCUUAGGCUUGGUGAUUCACCAAAGGUGAAGGAGAGUCGUAGCAUAAUUGUGAUCGAGUAAGGAAGCAUAUUCUCAUGUGUUUAUAUUAUUUGUUGUAUCCUUGUUUUUGCAAGUCUUUAAAGAUGUCAUCUUUCGAUCAUGUGCGUGAA